UCAGAGACAGGACAUAACACUGAGGUGAGAAGACUUGGAGAACAACUGAGAAAGACCAAAAGCUUCUUUUAGAUCAUCAACAUGAAGACCAUGAUUUCGAUCGCUCUUCUCUUAACCGCUUUCUGCCUGGUCUCUGAGGCUGUCAACGUCCAGGAUGGAGAAUAUUUUUUCUCACUGGAAUCGGUGAAAGUCCUUCAGCACCUGAUGAAAAGCAGCUCUGUCUCCCAGCAGCAGAAUCCUCGUCUAGUCAAGACCAGCAAUGUGGCAGUUUGUGGGAACCCAACCCUGCCCCAGGAGUUUAUAGAGCUCUGUCAUCAAAGUGGCUCGUCCCUGGUCUUCUCCAGGCUAGCUGCAGUGCCUCCUGAUGUUUGUGAAAUCUGUGCUUUCGCUGCCUGUACUGGUUGCUAGACAUCUUUUCUGCUUGUGAUGGAAUGUCUUUUUCCAUGUACCCAAGUCGCAAAAGACUGUUUUGGAACUGUUACCUGUUAUAAUCAUCUGUGUAAUGACUCUUAGUCUAACAAUUUGAUAAACUGUAUUUGUUUUGUUACAGUAUGUUUAUUUAUCGAUUUGAUGUAGUGUAGUCUUAUUUUUCUAUUUCAGAUUCUUUGUGUAUUCUGAUUGCAUAUUCUUAUGUUUAUCAGUGCCAUAUACAUGCAAUAAAUUGCUUUCAGUAA